GCCACUGAUGACGAAGAAAAGCACGACAAACUCAGCUCGCUGGACAGCUUCCGCUCUGCCUCGCGCCAAGGCUUCGAAGACGAGCUGCCAGGAGGAUCGCCCGAGUACGCAGAAAGCACUCAGGCUCAGGAUGCCGCUGCUCCUCAGCGGAGGCACCCGCGACCUUCGCUGUCGGAGAGGACUAUCGAAAGCCUGCAGUCGGUGCCGUCGACGCCGAAUGAACGCCGACGGUCCGGCUUCUUCAACCCGCCAGACAGCCCCAUGGGUCCUCCUCCACGUCCUACUUCUGCUAUGAGUAGGAAUGGCAGAUCUGGGAGCAGGCCGGGCACUAGCGAUGGCAGUACUUCCUCGCGCCCGCUGAGCAGGGCUGGCUCGACGCGUAUCGCUCCAGCCAGCGCCAAGCCUUUCACGCGAACUACAACCAAGACGGCAUCCAGAAUCAGCUCAUUGCCUGCGACACACACCACGAAGCAGAGCAUUGGCGGUGGCGGUGGCCUGACGAGUAGACUUCAGCAAGCGAGAGUCGACGCCCAAAGGGCAACAUCACCAGUAAAGAAACCCUCCGCCUUGCCAAAUGCCUCUUCCAUAGGAAUUCCAAAAACCUCCUUGACCAAGAUGGGCAACGGCACGAGAACCAUUGCCUCAUCACGACCUGCGAAGCCGAGACCGGCCCUUGGAGACGCAUUUGUGUCGCCUGCAAAGCGCACUUCAGCAACCAAGCCAGCACUUUCUGUGUCAACAAACGAGGCCGAGCCGAGCGAAGGCAAACGUGCGAUUAGCAAUUCGUCUGCAGCUCUACGAGAACAGAUUGCAGCAGCCAAAGCAGCAGCAAGAAAGCAUAAAGAGGCUGCUACCAAGCGAGAGUCGGACUCUUCGCAACCCCAGGUCACCAGCGACGAAACUGCGAUUGCCGCUGAUGAUCAUGCUGACCCAUUCGGGCAAGCGCCCAAGGACGAAAAGCACGUCCUGAAGUAUCGAGUGCACAAUGCGCGCAUGAGUGGCAAGCUCAACGUUGCCGCCAUGGGCCUGAAAGAGAUGCCGGAGGAGAUUCGAACCAUGUACGAUGCAAAGACCAUGGAGGACAGCAAGGUCAAUUGGGCAGAGGUUGUCGACUUGACCAAAUUUAUUGCAGCUGAUAACGACUUCGAGGUCAUCGACGAGUCUGUCUUUCCUGACCGCUCGCACGAGGAGCUCGCGGAAGACGAAGACGCGCAGGGCAAUCAGUUUGGAGGACUGGAACUGCUCGAUCUUCACGGAAACUCACUCUCGGCAUUGCCCAUGGGACUGCGACGUCUAGACCGCCUCGCCCACCUCAACGUGACACAUAACAAGUUGGAAAACACCGUGAUCGACAUCAUCGCACAAAUACCGACUCUGAAAGAAUUGAGGCUUGGCAAUAACAACUUGACAGGUAACCUCCCCAGCGCAAUAUGUAGCCUGACAAAACUGGAAGUGUUAGACGUGGGUACCAACCGGUUGCUCGGCCUACCCGAAGCACUGGUCGACCUGGUGGGCUUGCGAGUGCUGAACGUAUCUGGCAAUCAACUUACCACACUGCCGAUGGAGGCUCUCGUACAGAUUCCGCUUACCGAGUUGGACGCCAGCAGCAAUGCGUUGAUAGCAUCACUGUUUCCGCUUGGCGGCCCGUCCGGACAUUCAACACUACAGAGCCUGAAUGUGGCCAACAAUUCACUCGCCGCAUUGACGUUCUCGGAAGCGCUCGAAAUGCCGAAACUCAGAGAACUGUACUUGACCAACAACCAGAUGACGUCUCUGCCGUCGGUAUCGGGAUGGAGCGAGCUGAUGACACUCCACGCAGGCGACAACAAGAUUGUGGAUUUUCCAGAGGGCUUCACGAGUCUGUCCAAGCUGCGCAACGCCAAUUUUACCAGCAACGAGCUUCGUAUGCUAGAUCCAGAGAUUUGCAGAAUGGCAAAUCUGGACUCCCUUGUGUUGGCUGCCAAUCCGCUACGAGAGAAGAAGUUUCUUACUAUGAAUGCUGCAGACAUCAAGCGUGAUCUGCGGGCGAAGAUAGCGCCUGGAUCUGGGGGUGAUUUUGACGAUGAAGAGCCGACCAGCCCAGUGACAGUUGUUGGUGCCGAGGACCAGACCUCACAAUGGUCAGUGAAAGGGAACGGCCUCCUGAGUCUUUCCGGCAAAGAUCUAGCAGAUGAUUUGGACGAGGAUCUCAGCUCGUUCCUGCGGAGCAACUCGGUUCGUCAGCUACAGCUACCGGAUAGCGGUAUCACUGUCAUUCCACCCGUGCUCUCUCUGGUUCAAGAUCUGCGCUCGCUCGACUUGUCCGGCAACUCCCUCGGCACAGAGUACCUCACUGACGAAAUCACUCUACCCACACUGGAGGAGCUCAACUUGAGCAAGUGUCGGAUCCAGUCCCUGGAUCUAUUAAUGACAUUCCUACAAGCUCCGAAUCUCAAGACCCUGCACUUGACCGCGAACCGACUCAGUGGUGAUCUGCCGGCUCUGCGUACGGUGUAUCCGCAACUCACAACACUUUUCGCUACCGACAAUAAGAUUCGCACCAUUAGUGCUGAUGCGCUGCGAGGACUACAUACUGUCAAUCUAGCCUCCAAUGAUAUUGAAGCUUUGCCCGCUGAGAUUGGACUCCUGUGGGACGAGGGUCUGCGCAAUUUCAAUGUUAGCAGCAACGCGUUUCGCGUGCCGAAUUACAGGCUGUUGGACAAAGGCACAGAGGCUACACUACGAUGGCUACGAGAUCGUCUGCCGAAUGGU